UGACUCUUUGGCCCCGCCCCUACGGACGCAUGCUUGGAAGACAUGCGCUUUGCGGCAAAGUCCUCCUUUUCUCCACACACGCUUCUAAGCCUCGGCACAUCUCCUCACAUCGCUACUAACUACACUUUAUUCAUCCUCCGUGUCAGGAUAAACUCCACUCGUCUCAGCCAAAUUUGGAGAUUAUUAGGCCCGCUUAGCUUGAUAGUUGUUUGAGCGCGCCAAUUAGCUUAGCAUGCUAGUUAGCUUAGCUUGUUAGCCGCUAACAAAGAGACGCGGAUUUGAUCAACACAUCGCUUAGUUAAGAUCAAGUGUGAGUGUAAAGUGUUGUGAUUGUGUGAAAAUGUGCGAAAGAACGAUAGAAAAGUAUGAGGAAGAACUUUGUUGUGUGAAAAUGUGUGAAAGAACGAUAGCAGAGUACAAAGAGGAACUUUCUCGGACAAAAGAAGAGAACGAGAGACUACGUCAACUAUUGGAGGCUGUUUUCAAGAAACCUCAAGUUGUGUUACACAGAACAGACCUCAAUAAAGAACAUCUUCCUCAUGAGCAGGAAGAAGAGCCACAGCCCCACCACAUUAAAGAGGAAAAAGAGGUACCACAUUCCCAACACAUUAAAGACGGAGGAGAGGACCCACAGCCCCCCCACAAUAAAGCGAAACAUGAGACGCCACAGACCCAUAAUGUUAAACUGACCCUUCACAUUAAAGGGCAAGCGGAGGACCCACUGAACUUACACAUCAAAAAGGAAGAGGAUGACCUACUGACCCCUCACUUUAAGGAGCAAGAGAACCCACUGAACCCUCACAUUAAAGAGGAAGAGGAGGACUCACUGACCCCUCACUUUAAAGAGGAAGAGGAGGACCAAGAGGCGCCGCACAUUAAAGAGGAAGAGGAGGAAGAGGGCAUCAGUCAGCCUAAAUGGUUGGAGGAGUUCCCAGUGACUGGUGUCCCUGUGAAGAGUGAAGAUGAUGAGGUGAAAGGUGAAAGUGAGGAGAGGGGAGGGGGGGAGCCUCCAAGCAGCAGCUCAACACAACACAUGACAACAGAAGCUGAUGGAGACCACUGUGGAGGAUCACAAGCAGACAAGCUCUUAGCUCCACUAUCAGAUAGUGAGGACACAACGUCACACUCUCCUGACACUGAUGAUGAAGACUCUAAAGAUGAUAAGACAUGUCACACUGACAACACUCACUUCACAUCUUCUCACUGUCACAAAACCCUUAAAUACCGUCGUAGUCUGAAAAGACACAUGAGAACACACACUGGAGAAAAACCUUUUGCAUGUUCAAUCUGCGGUAAAGAUUUUACUCAGAGGCCAGAUUUUAAAGUACACAUGAGAACACACACUGGUGAAAAACAUUUUUCCUGUUCAACCUGUGGUAAAGGUUUUGCACACAGUAGCAAAUUGAAAAGACACAUGAGAACACACACUGGUGAAAAACCUUUUUCCUGUUCAAUCUGUAGUAAAGGUUUUACACGAAGUCAGAGUUUGAAAGAACACAUGAGAACACACACUGGUGAAAAACCUUUUUCCUGUUCAAACUGUGGUAGAGGUUUUACACGAAGUCAGAGUUUGAAAGAACACAUGAAAAUACACACUGGUGAAAAACCUUUUUCCUGUUCAAUCUGUGGUAAAGGUUUUACACAUACUAACAAAUGGAAAAGACACAUGAGAAUACACACUGAGGAAAAACCUUUUUCCUGUUCAACCUGUGGUAAAGGUUUUACAGAAAGUCAGAGUUUGAAAGUACACAUGAGAACACACACUGGUGAAAAACCUUUUUCCUGUUCAACCUGUGGUAAAGGUUUUACAGAAAGUCAGAGUUUGAAAGUACACAUGAGAAGACACACUGGUGAAAAACCUUUUUCCUGUUCAACCUGUGGUAAAGGUUUUACAGUAGGUCAGAGUUUGAAAGUACACAUGAGAACACACACUGGUGAAAAACCUUUUUCCUGUUCAACCUGUGGUAAAGGUUUUACACACAGUCAGAGUUUGAAAGUACACAUGAGAACACACACUGGUGAAAAAUCACAUUCCUGUUCAAUCUGCAACAGAAGCUUUAGUGAGCGAUCAACCCUUGUAGCACACAUGAGAAGACACCCAGGAGAGAAAGUGUUGAGUUGCAGUGUGUGUGGUGAAAGAUUGUCUUCUAAGUACCAGUGUAAGAAACACAAGUGUGCUGGUGAGAACAGCAGCAGCAAAUGAAACUGCAGGAUUUGAAAUAAACUGUCCAGACUUUCA